AUGCGGUUGCUGGUGCUGGUUGCUGCCAUCUGCCUGCCUCGCGGCACCGUGGGCGCUCCACCAACGCCCCCCUCGACUCCCCUGUCGAGCCCGCCGCUCUCGUCUGCCUCCGCGGCCUGCCAGCAGCUGGGCCACCAGGACGCGCUCCUAAUCUUGGAUGUUCAGAAUGCGUUCAUGGAGGCGAGGCCCAUCCGACCACAGGCCACGCCCUCAUACAACGUCCCUGCUGUCGAUGGCUUCAUCGCGCAGGGAAACCUCUCUGUGCCUGACUCGGGCGCCAUCAUCGAUGUGAUCAACGCAUGGCUCUCGCUGCGCAACUCCAGCGGCCGCAACGCGUCGGUGAUAGCCACACUGGACUACCACCCUCCUGACCACUGCUCCUUCUGCAACUCUCACGAGGGGGGCAUCCCUGCGGGGAGCUUCUGCCUCUUUGGUGCCCACACCUGGUCCACGGGCGACACGGGCGACACGCUAGGGUCAACCGCCAACAACAAUUCGCACGUGUGUGAGGACACAGUAUCUCAGACGGCGUUCUCCCAGAACGGCUACUAUCAGUGGCCCUUCCAUGCCAUCGCCGGCUCUCUUAGUGCGCGAUUCGACCCGUAUCUUGACCUCCCGGACGACACCGUUGCCUUCAAGCUCGGAACGCAGCUUAUGGAGGAUAACUACGAUGCACUGGACGGCGCUCGGCGCUCGUUGGCACCAGCUGGCCAGCACGACAGUCAGCCGAGCGCACUCGAUCUGCUCGACGACCCGGCGCACGACCUCACGGCAGAACUGGAGAUCCGCGGGGUGAAGCGACUGUUUGUCUUUGGGCUCGCCACCGACUAUGUCGUGGGCGAGACGGUGAAGCACGCUCUUGGCCUGUCCGACUACACCGCACCGCUUCUUGGGGGCCAGGUGUUGCUUGUCGCGGACGGGACCAGGGCAAUCCUAUCCCAUCUCGGGGAGGCCGUGACGGAUGCGGUCGACAAGCGCAGUCGCUACGUGGACAAGUACAUCACGACCAACUCGAAUCUCACAGAUGAUCCCGAUGGCUACGUGAUCAAGGUCAGCGGCGCGAGCGAAGGGCUCCUGGAGCUGUGCUCGCGCGGCCUGGGGACCUGUGAAGACUCGGCACAGUGCCAGUCAGCGCUAAACCGCGAGUACUACUGCCGUCCACUGGCAGCCUUCGACUGGGGAGAAUGCGCCGCGUGCCGGGAUGUCGAUCAGAGCGUUGUCGAUCUGGGCGCAAUCUGCCACGGACACGGCACAUGCACCGACAAUGGCGCAUGCUCGUGCGACCUCUUGUACUAUGGUGGCGCUUGCGCGUACGGAGGGCCGGUCGUCGUGGCGGCGGUGGCGUCGACGGUCACUCUCUUCGUUGCUUGCUGCGUCCUUGUCAUCGCCACGCGAAUGUGCACGCGGCGGCGUUCCCUUGGCCUGCGGGUGGAGAAGACGGGACUACUGCCGGUUCUCUCGCUCGCGGAAGGCCACCGGUACCACCUUUUUCUAAGCCACAUUUGGGCGACGGGGCAGGACCAAGUGGCUGUCAUCAAGCGUCGUCUCGCCACCCUCCUGCCCGGCGCCUCCAUCUUCCUUGAUGUGGACGAUCUUCUGUCGGCAGACAACCUCGAGGCGUCAGCGUACGACCUGCCCGCAAGCUCAAACGCUGCGCACAUCGCGGAAUCAACCGUCGUACUCGUCUUCCUCUCGGCGGGCUACUUCAAGAGCCGCAACUGUUUGCGCGAGCUCCGCGCGGCGCUCAAGGAGGAGAAGCCGCUGCUGCUGGUGCACGAAAGCAACCCGAGUAAGGGCGGUGCGCCCCUCGAGCAGCUGCAGCAAGAGUGCCCGCUGGAGCUGCGCGACGCGGUAUUCGGCCCGCCUCCCCCCGAUCAAAGGCUCUCGGGCGAUCACGGCGCUAUGCGCAUCGUGCCAUGGCACCGCCUCAACCGCUUUCAGCUCGAGUCGUUGCGCCUCAUCGCGGAGGCGACGCUCAGCCACACGCCGCACUACCGGAAGAAGGGGCGCUCGCCGCGACUCUACUUUCCGGAGCGCAGCGACCCGGCCGACUAUGAGUUCCACUUCCCCACGCCCGCGGUCCUCCACGCCUCGCAGCACAACCCGGGCGCGGCGCACGUGGCAGAGCUGCUCGCCGCGAGGGUCGACAACCUGGACUGCCCCCAACAGUCUCGCCCGCUGCUCGAGACCUUUGAACGGCUCCGGAAGGAGUCGCACAGCAGCGGGUCGUCGCUGUCCCGGAUGCACUCCUUCCGGUCCGCGAGCCGCGCGCGCCAAUUCCUGCUGCUCUACCUCAACGCGGACACCUUUGUCGGGGAGGCGGGCGAUGCGCUGGAGAUGGAGGUGCACGCCGCCAUUUCUGCCGGCGUCGAGGUGGUUGUCUUGCACGAGAAGGACCCGGGCGCGGGGUCGGUGCCCUUUGAGCACUUCUUGCAGGUGACGCCGGAGCAGCUCGUGCGCGCAGGGCUCUAUAGAGCGUUGGCCACUCCCUGGUUUCCGGGGCCGCACGCCCGUGUGUCCUUGGCGACCGCGGCGCAGGCGAUGGGCGCGUCUAAGAGAAAGAAGGGGCACGGCCAGGCGGCGCGCUCUCGCUGCUCGGCUAGUACGCCGGGAGGGGGUAGCGUGCCCGCGGAUUUGCUUGCCGGGCUGUGA